AUGACUACUUCUGCGCCCAGGGCACUUGUGCUUGGAUUUGGUGGUGUAGGCGUGCUUUAUGCGUACAUUUUGCAUCGCGGCGGUGCACAUGUAACGGCCGUGUGCCGCUCCAAUUACGAUAUGGUCAGGCAAAACGGGAUCGAUAUUAUAUCUGGCAAGUUUGGCAAUCACAAGCAGUACCGGCCAGACCAUGUAGUGCACUCGCCCGACCAAGUCAAGGGUCUGCAAUUUGACUACAUUGUGUGCACGUACAAGUGCGUCUCAGACAUGCAGCCGAGCAGUGAUGUGAUCUAUCCGUACCUUGAAAAAAUGGACAGGGUGAAGCUGCCCUACAUCGUCCUGAUCCAGAACGGAGUCGAUAUCGAAAAAGGGGUGUAUGACACGCUGGUCAACACGAACAACCCCCUUGCUCGCGCUAUAAUUAGUGGUGUGACUUGGGUUGCAACCACACUGCUGGGUGGUGGAUCGCGAAUCGAGCAUGGAACACUAGAACGUUUGUGUCUCGGUUUGUACCCUGCGCCAUUGCAGGCUCAAGUACCGAAUGCCAUUGCAGAUGCCAUUACAUUACUGACGAGUACGAUGCGCCAGGGCGGCAGCAGCGUGGAAGAUACAAAUGACAUCGCGAGUUUCCGCUGGAAUAAAACGCUGUGGAAUACGAGCUGGGGCGCACUUUCCACACUUGCUCGUGCACCACUCCGGGAUAUCCUCACUGCGGAAGCGUUGCCAUACACGUCAGGCGUCGUUCGUGGCCUGAUGCUCGAGGUCCUGGCAGUGGCACGCGCUGUUGGUUUGAACGAGCAUCGCUUGCCGGCAAAACUGCUAGACGACACAUACCGACUUGCGCUAAUUGGGACGCCCGCAAAAGUUCGGCUUUCGCGCAACCCAGACACAUUUUUCGAUACCAAGGAAGACGCAUUCCUUCCCGGCUAUUUCAAGCCAAGUAUCCUUGUCGAUUUGGAACAUGGACGCCCUAUGGAAUUAGAUCCUAUCUUCGGCAAUAUCGUCAAGCUCGGACGUAAGCACAACGUCGAUACUCCUCGCUUGGACAUGGUCCUUGCAUCGCUUAAGCCAACGCAGCUACGCUUCAUUUGUAAUGCACGAGGCGAGCAGGCAGAGACACAGCAGUCGAACAUUUACGAUGCGCUUCCAUCCCUCAACGUCACCGGCAAUGCGCCGAUUUUGUCAUAA